AUGGGAGCUGCUGAUAUGAAUUUAAGAGAACAUUUUUUGGGUUUUCUUCCAAUGAAGGAAACAACUGAUACUUUCAUGACUGAAAACAUCCUUCAUCAACUUGAAGAAAUUUCAUUAUCCUUGGAGAACUUACAUGGCCAGGGCUAUGAUAAUGGCAGCAGCAUGAAAGGUUCAACACGUUGCUGGGAUGUUCUCUUACACCAUGUGGCAAGUCUAAAAGAGAAGCCAUUAUGUGAAACAAGAUGUGAGAGUUGCAUUGAGGCCUUAAAACCCCUUCGCUACCAUAUUGGCGAUAUCUGUGAGGCAAUUAUGGAAAUUGCUGAUGGCACUACCCUUACAGGAUUGUCUGGCAAUUCAGCACGUACCAAAGUAAAAGCUCUUGCAAAUGGGUCUUCUGACUUCAAGUUUUUGGUUUCUCUUACACUAAGUUCAGUGUUUGGUUUUCUCUACGAUAUUAAAAAUAUGUAUGGUAAGACACAAAUAGAAAUGAGAGAACACUGUGUAAAGCUAGAAUCAGCUUUGCAGCAUGGUGAAUCUAAAGAUAUUGAUGCUGCUGACUUGUGCAGUGAAAUUCAAGCAAUUGCACAUCAUCUACCAGAAUCUCUGCCACCUCAAGCAGUGCUGAAGUUCAUUUGUGAACAUAGCCUCAUUGUCAGUGUUUCCAAUAUAUUUACUGCACUUUGCAUUCUUCUCACUCUGUCUGUUACUGGUACAUAUG